AUGGCGAAACGAAUCAAACUCUCAAAGCAAGAAAAGCUCUUCAUCCUCUCGCAGCCAGAAGACAACAGCUCAAACGACUCGCUCUUCGAAAACUCCCUUAUUCCACUUCUGAAAAACUACGAAUACAAAAUCCAAGAGCGCGAAAAUAAGCUCAAAAGUCUCGGCGAUCUUAUGGACAGCACAAACUCUCCAAAAGGACUUAUUGCUCUCCGCGACUUGAUGCUGAAGGAAGUGUCGGAAAUUUCAAAAAUGGAAGAGAUCCUGUUCGAGGCGAAAUUGAACGAAGAAAAGGCGCUGAAAAAGGUUGAAGAUUUCUUCAACGAAGACUCCUUAGACUCCUACACUUUCUCUCGACCACUUAAAAAGUGA